CCGUAACUGGAACUUUUUGAAAGGUGUACCUCUACCUCUUGGCUGCUGCUCUGGAGAAGCCACAUGUAGCUAUCCCAAGUCAACAUCUUAUAACCGCCGUUGAUUAUCUACAUUGGUGCUGCUCAUUUUUCAUGAGUAGCCCAUCCGGUCUUUCUUCGCCAUGAAGUUCGCUGCAGUUGCAGUUACCUGCUUUUCCUUAUUUUCGCAGGUCCUAGGCGAAUCCAACAUUUCUAGGCCCUCAUCGUCCAAGGUCACCCUCCCAGCUACCUUCAAGCCGCCACAGGUGUUCAAGAAUGCCAAUUUGGUACAUGUCAUCUCCCUAGAAAAGAACUAUGCAAAGGAGUCUAUAAAUGUCUUAAUCGAGAACUCGUCACCCGAGUCUCAAGAUGAAUACUUCCUACCAUUCACUAGUGACCAGAUGGAGAGGAUUGGAGGUAUCGAGGUGAAAGAUCGAAAGGAUACAAGCGUAACAGGAUUUGUCGUGGAAGCUGUUGAAUUCGAUUCAUCGAGCGAUACCCAAUACUAUCGCAUUCGAUUACCUGCACCCUUGCCGGCCAAGGGCCAACAGACCUUGGGCAUCUCUUUCUACUACCUCAAUGCGUUUGCGCCGUUGCCAGCUUCGAUUGAGCAAUCUGAAAAGCAAUACCUCGUUUAUCAGUUCUCGGCGUAUUGCCCAUCGGUCUACCCAACAUUGAAGCAGAAGACAGAAGUCAAGCUCCCAUCUUCCGAUAUUCCUGACUACACCAAGAUCGCCGGCAGCGGCGAGACCAAAGAAUUCCCGCAAAAGCAGGGUUCGAAGCUUAUCUACGGCCCCUUCCCCGAAGUCCCGGCCGGCGCAGUGUCACCGGUCAAGGUGCGGUAUGAAUUUACCAAGCCCGUCACGCACAUCUCGCAUUUGGAGCGGGAUGUCGAAGUCAGUCACUGGGGUGGUAAUAUCGCGUUCGAAGAGCGAUACACACUCUAUAAUAAUGGCGCAAACCUUUCGGCUCAAUUCAACAGGGUGAAGUGGGCGCAGUCUCAAUAUUUCAAUCCUCAAAGCUACGCCUUGAAAGAGUUGAAAUUCCCUCUUCGAGCUGGGAGCAAGGAUGCUUACUUCACGGAUGCCAUUGGCAACGUAUCAACGUCGCAUUUCCGUUCCAACAGGCGCGAGGCUGUACUCGAACUCAAGCCUCGAUACCCUGUCUUUGGCGGUUGGAAGUAUCCAUUUACAAUCGGCUGGAACUCGGACGCUAAACAGUUCUUGAGGAAGAAGUCAGGCGAUAGCUAUUUACUGAACGUACCUUUUAUUGAGGGGCCUAAACAACCUGAGGGCGUUGCAUUCGAGCAGGUCCAGGUUCGCGUGCUUUUGCCAGAGGGUGCCGAGAAUGUUCGAUUCCACACAACUAUUCCCGAAUCCUCUAUCACAGAUUAUUCAGUCGGUUUACAAAAGACAUAUCUGGAUACCGUUGGUCGCACGGUGCUAACAAUUAAAGCAAGGAACUUGGUGGACGACUUGCGAGACCGCGAUCUUAUCGUCUCGUACGACUAUUCGCUGGUGGCUAGCCUUCGCAAACCGCUUGUCGUGUUUGCUAGCAUGUUAACGGUAUUUGUAGGGAUGUGGGCAGUCUCAAAAGUGGAUGUGAGGUUUUCUACGAAAUAAUGAGGGGCGUUUGGUUCUUUUUAGGACGAAUUCGGUACAUAUGCGCAUGUACAUUACAGGGGUUUUUCAAGGUUUAAUGGAGGCCUGGAAAAACUCUAGAGCAGCCCGCGGCUUAGAUCUGGCAUGAAUGAAUACAGAAAGUGAAUUAAAUUCUUCGUAUUAUGAUACGCUGCCACAGCUAAUAAUUUAGUCGUAUGUCGUCAACUGGGUUUCUUCGU